AUGGUGUACCUGGAUCUCACCAACAAUGGCCAUCAAGCCCCAAGAUUUCACCACAAUGUUGUGUUCAUGGAGAACCAAAACAAGCAUGUCCACCUGAGUCUUAAUAUUGGAACUAACAGAGAAGGCUUUCCAGGGGCUGUUGGAGAAGCUCAGGGACCUGGUCCGAGGCAGUCAGAGCCGCGCUGUACGUUCGACUCUGCUGUCGGCAGCAGGCGAGGAGCCCCAGCCCGAGGCACAGCUUGUCAGCUCAGUUCGGGCACUCGCAUCCGCAUCGUUGUGAUCCAAUCGAUACCUUCCAUUGCUUGCCAUGCCUUUGUAAAUAGCCAGGAAUGGACACUAAGCCGAUCUGUACCAGAACUGAAAGUGGGGAUCGUGGGUAACUUAGCGAGUGGCAAGUCUGCACUUGUACACCGGUACCUGACUGGCACGUAUGUCCAAGAGGAAUCACCAGAAGGUGGGAGAUUCAAGAAGGAGAUAGUGGUUGAUGGACAAAGCUAUCUGCUGCUGAUUAGAGAUGAAGGGGGCCCUCCAGAGGCACAGUUUGCCAUGUGGGUGGAUGCUGUUAUAUUUGUCUUCAGCUUGGAAGAUGAAAUUAGCUUCCAGACUGUUUACCACUACUACAGCCGUAUGGCUAACUAUCGUAACACUAGUGAAAUUCCAAUGGUACUAGUGGGAACCCAGGAUGCUAUAAGUUCCAGUAAUCCACGUGUCAUAGACGAUGCCAGAGCGAGGAAGUUAUCAAAUGAUCUCAAGAGAUGCACUUACUACGAGACGUGUGCUACUUACGGACUCAACGUGGAGAGAGUCUUCCAAGACG